AUGAAUAGCAAAAAGUAUUCAGGAUCAUUUUUUUUGUUUGUAUAUUUUUAUAUUACAAAAUGCAAAGCGGAGAUGGAACCGUUUAUAGUCGGCGGUCAUUUCACAAAGAUAUCAAAAUUUCCUCAUUCAGUCUUCUUAACAGUAGAGUGUGAAAAUACUUGGAUAUGUGGUUCUUCAAUAUUGAACCAAAAGAUUCUUUUAACGGCAGCACAUUGUGUUUUUGGAUGUAAAACGCGUUGGAAAAUACAAUGUUCUGCAGGUGACGAAGACCUUAGCAAGGUAAACGUAAUAAGGGAAGCUGCCGGAUUUAAAAUUCAUGAGAAAUACGAUGAUAAAUCAAUGGCUAACGAUAUUGCAAUAUUAGACCUCAAACGUAACUUACCGUUAAAUAGAUAUAUGAAACGAGUAAUAAUAAGAAGAUCACAUCCUGUUGGCGUACUCGCAAGUGUUGCAGGUUGGGGCGUCACAAAUAGGGAAACAAAUGCGGAUUCAAUAGUGUUAAAGAUGGCGACUCAAAAAGUAUUACCCCCGUGGUUGUGCGCACGUUUUGGAUACUUGGGUCCUGGAAAGAUGUGUGCCAAAAGUCCCACGCCUAAUACGAGCCCUGCUCAAGGUGAUUCAGGCAGUGCACUCAUCACAAAAGAUUUUCAACAACUAGGGCUGGUAUCUUUUAUAUUCUCAGAUUAUCCAAACAUUCCUGUCUACACAAAUGUAUCUUAUUACUACGAUUGGAUAAGAAGCAAAUCUUUUUUAUUAUAUUGUGAUUAA